AUGUUUAAUAUAAUUUUUAUAACACUCAUAUAAUUUGUGUUAAGCUAUAUUUUAACACGUUAUGAAACAGGAAAUGUUAUAGUUAUGGUUUCUGGAGGUCAUCAUAUUUUAGAAGAUUCAAGAUAAUAUCCAAGAUAAAUAUAAACUGCUAUAAAUUUUUAGACUGCCUUUGAUACUCCACCUGAAUUGUUUAUAUCACCGUAUUAUCUUGAUUGGAGUUUAGAAUUACCACAUGGAUUCCUUGUUAAAGUUACCCUUAUAACAAGAAAAGGUAAAUUACAUAAUUCAUCAUUUUUCAAGGAUUUUUAUUGAACACACUUGCAGUGUCUGCUUCUAUAUUUUAUGAAAUAAGAAUUAAUUGGUUUGCAUUUUAGGAUUCAAGAAUUUAAGUUAUUACAUUUUAAUAAAAUGAUGUAUAGGAACUUAAAACUGGUUCAGGUGAUAGAACAAUAAAAUUUUCAAUAGAUCAUUAAUUAAAAGAUGCAACAAACGGAUUAAUAUCUUUGAUUGGUAUUAAACAUACAUGGAGUCAUCAAAUAGUAGAAGUCAAAGUAAAUUGUUAUUUUAUACAAUUUAGAUUGAAUAAGUAUAUUCAUAAACUGUGGAUGUUUCUGUUAGUACAUAUUCAGAUUCAUAAAUAGAAUAUGUAAGAUUUAAUAUUCUAUUGGGUACUGAUCAAUCCUUAUGGUCAUCUCUUCCUUAAGCUGAAAUUUUCAAUCCUCCUUUAUAUGCAAAUUUAGGUCAUAAUAGUAGAUAGGCAACUUUUGUGAUACCUUCAAUAUUUUUGGUUUAAGAUAGACUUCCCAUAUUUGCAUAUAGAGGAUAUAAAUUUGACAAAGGUGCUAAUGUAAGAUGUUAUAUAAUCAAUGGUCCUUAAACUCCUAAUUUAAUAUAUAAUUUAUUCAUAUGUAUGAUAAUGAUAUUAUACAUUAGGGUACACAACUGUCUCUUAUGGUUUUUUUGAUCAAGCAUCUCUCUAUUUUCCAAAACCUAAUCUGAAAAUUGUUCAACCUAAUUGUGCAGAACUCUUUUCUGAAUGCGAUUAUAAUGGUGACUCUAUUAUUAUUUGUAAUAAUAUUUCAGAUCUAUCAUAACGUGGAUGGACUAAAUCAAUCAAAUCCUUAAUGAUUUCCACUUAAAAGAAAUUAUAGCUUUUUAAUUAGAUUAAUUAUUAAGGUUAGGCAUUAAAAAUUAUGCAAAACUAACAAUGUAUGGAUUCUCAAUCUAUACUAUCUGUUAAAUUUCAGUCUGUAGCUUCUAUAAUAAAAGUACUAUUUAUCAAUUCCAAUUUAAACGACAAUAAUUGCAAAUUUGUUUAAUUUUAUAGCUAAUGCAAUUAUUAAGGCACUGUUUAUUAAAUCAAACAAGGAGAGUCAUUAGACCGACCAAUAAAGAUUCCUUUUGAAAUUAAGUCAAUUAGUAUUUGUCCAAAUAUUCUUGUAAAAUUGGCAGACCCAUCCUUUUUUUGGGGUGGUAAUGAAGUAUUUAGCUCUUCACAAACUUGUUUAGAUAGCUAUAAAGUAUUAAUUAAUCAUAAUUCAUUUUAGUUUCCUUCAUACAGAACACCGAACUGA